UGUCCAAUGGAAGGCGGGCUCGCUGUGGGGGGAGCAGGGGAGGUUCUGGUCCUUAUGCAACACACGUCCACAGUAUAAAACCCACACAGAGGAGCAGAGGAGCUCCGUGAGCUGUUUGCUACUCUUCUCAUUAACCAGAAUGCUGCUGUACGCCGUGGCCCUCAGCCUCCUGGCUGUGUCCUGGGCAGACGACUGCCAGGUGUCCAACGUCCAGGUCAUGCAGAACUUCGACAGGACCAAGUAUGCCGGGUCGUGGUACGCCGUGGGGAAGAAGGACCCGGACGGUUUGUUCCUGCUCGACAACAUCGUGGCUAAUUUCACCAUCACACCCGACAGCAAGAUGACGGCCACCGCUCUGGGCAGGGUCAUCAUCUUCGGCCAUUGGGAAGUGUGCGCCCAGAUGUUCGCCACCUUCGAGGACACCCCCGACCCGGCCAAGUUCAGGAUGAGGUACUGGGGAAUCGCGGCCGCCCUUCAGAGUGGAAACGAUGAACACUGGGUGAUCGACACCGACUACGAGAACUACGCCAUCCACUACUCGUGCAGAGAGGUGGCCCCCGACGGCACGUGCCACGACAGCUACUCCUUCGUGUUCUCCCGUCACCCCGAGGGCCUGAGGCCACAGGACCAGCAGGUCGUCAUCGCCAAGAAGAACGACAUCUGCCUUCUGGGCAAAUACAGACGCGUCUCCCACACCGGUUAUUGCGACAACAGCGAGAACUUCUACAGGCAGUGACCCCCCCCCCCCCCCCCCCCCUGUGCGUGAAGCAGCCGCCUCUGGUACCGUGUGCCCCCCCCCCCCCCCUGCUGGUCACUGACUCACUCCCACCAGAGUUUCUCUUCUCUCCUGGAGGAAGAAUCCCUCUCUUCUCCAGCAACGAGCUUUAAAAAAAGACAAAUUAGAAGCUGUACAUGAAUAUUUAAAGCGAACAAAGCGUUCAGUUUAACAUCUUAGUCCGAUCCUCGACAUUCUUCACAUGUUGUUUUUUGUGUUUGUUUUAUAUAGCGACUUCGGUGUAGUGUGAGACCACCAUCGUAAUGGAAACCAGUGGAACUUGUUUUACUGCAAGUGACAAAACUAUGUUUACUAAAAACACUGAAUGAUCCUGAAGCACAAAGGUUGUUAAUAAUCCUAAAUGCUUGUGUUCUAUAAGUGUAGCAGUUUGGUUGUGUCUCCAAUCUAUGUGUUGUGUUGUGUGUGUGUCUUGAUCCAGUUUUAGAAAUAAAACAUUCAUAUCGUG